GCGGCCCUGCCUGGGUCACGGCGCGGCUCGGGGGUUUCUUUGGACACCGGCUGGGAAUUCCCUUCCCCGGCUGCGGAGCAGGAGCAGGAGCUCUCCCGACGCUGCCCGGGGAGCGCCGGCCCGGCCGCCGCCGCUGCAGGAAGAGCCCUUCUCCAAGCCUGGAAGGCCCCGGUGCAGCUCUCCAGUCUCCGUGUUCAGGGGUUUAUGUGGGAAUCAGAGCAGGAUGGAUCGGUAUCGAUAUUUCAUCUUUAACCAGAGGAACAUGGUCGUGCUGGGGAUGUUCCAGCUUGCCUUCAGCACCGUCUGUGUCACCAGUGGGUUCAUAGAUGGCAUUUUCAGAACAGAGUCUCAGCUGGGCAAAACCAGAGCUCCAAUUUGGGCUGGCAUGGUGAUGGGAGUCCCAGGCAUCCUGGCUUUGUUCUCCUCGCAGAGGAAGAAUCCAGUUCUUGUGAAUGUACUGAUAGUUGCUUCCAUAAUCUCUUGUGUUGCCAUCUCCAUUGUAAUAGUUUAUAGCUCCUUCACACUGAGCUAUGGUGAAGAGGAGGAGCUGAGUUCUGCCCCAGUCCAUGUUAUCCAUACUAGGUUCAUACUCAGUGAAGUUGUCAAGGGUGCCAACAUAGCCAUGCUGGCUGUGUCCAUCUGCAGCGCCUUUUCCGUGCUGGCCAUGGCUUACCUGGGAUGCCGGAGCCUUCCACGCUGCUCCUGCUAUGACAGCGUGACUGGCAUGGAAUGGUUGCAGCCCAGUGAGGACCAAAAUCAGGCUGUGGAAAUGAUUUGUGCUGUACAAAGCCCUGGGGGGAGAAUUUUUACCUUCACAGAUCAGUUUCCAGCCCAGGAUGCAGAUGCAGAAGAAGACACAUCCAAACCUCCACCAUAUAUCAGAAUGACUUGAAAAAGUGGCUGAACAUUAUGUUCAAAUGUGGCAAGAGAGAUGCAGUCAGUUCUUAAUCUUUAAAGGUGGUUAUGCACUUUUCCUUGGCCAUUUGAAAAACACACACAGAGUGAACUAGUGAAUGUCCAGCACUGAGCAGAGGUCACAGUGCAGAGGGAAACAUCUGCAGGUGAUUUUGAAAUUUCAGAAUUUGUACAGUGAAAAUACCUCAUUGCUUCUGGAAAGUGAGAGCAUUUUUUAGUCUGGUUUUUUGUACUUAAAUCAUGUUUUAUUUCACGAGAAUGUAUCAUGCAAUUUGUGUAGCAGUGCUAGCCUUAAUUUAAAUAUUAAAUACAAUUCCCUU